GACAUAGAUGAAUAAAUAAUCACACCAUCCCUGAUUGGCGUAUAGUCGGCUCCUUCAACCUUCCUCAUCGCGAAUCAUUCAACCAGGGUACGAAACACAACGUCAUCUAGAUUAUCAGUAAUCGGCCCCCAAACAUCUAGGAUCUCACACCGAGGUUAUAUGAAAAUCUAGACUACGCCACGUGUGGAAUCUGACUGGUCGUGCUACCUUGUUACCCUUGUCGUUCAGUCCUUAUAGACAAUAUGGCCUUAUAUUUGACUACCAGCGCUAGCCCUCCCCACACGAUUCUUGCGGCUUGUUCUUUACACGGAUAAUACAGCUUGGCGAUUCAUAUAGCUUCUAUUUAGUCGCCAAAGCUUUACCUCCGAAUAUGACAUCCCUUAGCCCCGUAGACGGUGCUGCGAUAUACCUUCUCUAUGGCUUCGUCUCUCUGGUGACCCUUAUUCUAGGCUACCGGUUGUUCCUACAUCCUUUGAGGAACUACCCAGGACCUCUGCUCGCCAAGAUAACGAACUGUUAUACUGGACUAUUUGCAUUCAAGCGAGAUCUUCACCUAGAAAUAUGGCGUAAUCACCAGAAUUAUGGCCCUGUGGUCCGCGUUGCCCCUGAUAGAAUCGCCUUUAACUCCGCCACCGCUUUGCGAGAUAUAUACCAAAAUGACAGAGUCACCAAGCCACCUCUUUAUCUCAUCACUCAAGCUAAGCCGGGCGUCCAUAAUACAUGGAACGCGUUGGACAGGGACUUGCACCGGCGCAAGCGCAAGGUUGUUGCGCGCGCCGUCACAGAUGCUUCUAUGCGCGCCUUUGAGCCCGACAUGAUUGAGCAGGUUGACAUUUUCAUCCAACAAUUAGCCCGCGGUCACCGACAACCAAUCAAUAUGAAGGAGAAAUGUAGCUAUCUGAGCUUCGAGAUUGCCGCGCUUCUCUCAUUUGGGUACGCUUUGAACCUACAGACAAAUGAAGAGAACCAGUUCCUUAUCGAGCAACUCAAUCGGACGAACCAUCGCAUGAAUAUCUACAUGCAAAUGCCCAUUAUCCACCGUUAUAAGCUCCAGGUUUACAUCAAUAUGUUAUUCAAAAAGGAGCGCGAGAGAACUUCACGUUUGAUAGAGAGGAUGGUUCGCACUCGUAUGAAGCAAGACAAACACGCAAAGCGCGACGUGUAUUCCUUCCUCGCAGAUUCUCUUGACACGAAAGAAGAUGGAGGCAUACGUCUCAGUGACCUUUGGUAUGAAGCGUUAUUCUUCAUCAUAGCAGGAGGUGAUACGAGCGCCACAGCUAUGUCCGCGACCUUCUUUUAUCUCUCCCGUAACCCAAAGUCAUACCAAAAGCUAGCAGCAGAAAUCAGGACUACGUUUCAGAGCGCGGACGAAAUUCGUGGCAGUAAACUUGCAGGUUGUCAUUACCUAAGGGCGUGUAUCGACGAAUCUUUACGGAUGUCCCCACCAGCACCUGGUACACUCUGGAGGCACUUGGCGCCGGAGGAAGAUGGUAAACUCUUCGUAGUCGACGGUAAUGUCAUUCCUAAGGGUACGAAAGUCGGUGUUAACACCUAUUCGUUACAUCACAAUGAAGAGUAUUUCAAAGACCCUUUCGCGUAUAACCCAGACCGCUGGAUAGAUGCGGGGGAAUCAGAGAGGAAAGCGAUGUACGAUGCUUUUUGUCCCUUUUCGGUGGGCUCUCGUGGUUGCGCCGGAAAGGCAACAGCCUAUCUCGAGCUUAGUCUAGCUGUCGCUAAGGCUCUAUGGUAUUUCGACUUCGAAACCGCGCCCGGAAAGCUCGGUGACAUUGGACUAGGCCAGAGGGGCGAAUUCCGUCUAUACGAUAUCUUUACGUCAAGCCAUGAUGGGCCGUUCCUGGUUUUUAAACCCCGAGACACAUUCACGGCAGAUUUCGGUACGGAUUCGGUUUAAGCUGGAGGGUUUGGAAGUCCGGGGUUACUUCAUAUGGCGAAUAUUCAAAGAUAAAUUACACAAGUAUUGCGAGGGAUAGUAAGCAGGAAUUUUGGGGAAUUUGUCUUCAAUUCAGCUUGGUAUAUACGUAUAUGCUGGACCCUCCUGUAUAAAUAACCCCCAAAAUAUCUAAACUUUUUCUAGACCAAACAAAACAAAACCACCAUUAGAAUUCCAAUACCAACGCCUAUGCCAUGCGAGUAAUUCUACAAUAUUGAGCCAAAAUCAUUGACGGUCGUGUCGCGCCUUAAGACGAUGAUGGAAGUGUGCAGCCGCAGAACCU